CUCCCCUUUCUCUCUUUCUCUGUCAGUUUCUCUCUAGUGGGAUUAGCGAUGGCGCCGAAGGCUGAGAAGAAGCCAGCCGAGAAGAAGCCGGCCGACGACAAGAAGGCCGAGAAGGCCCCCGCCGAGAAGAAGCCGCGGGCCGAGAAGAAGCUGCCGAAGGAGGCCGGGUCGGCGGACAAGAAGAAGAAGAGGGCGAAGAGGAGCGUGGAGACGUACAAGAUCUACAUUUUCAAGGUGCUCAAGCAGGUCCACCCGGACAUUGGCAUCUCCAGCAAGGCUAUGGGCAUCAUGAACAGCUUCAUCAACGACAUCUUCGAGAAGCUCGCCCAGGAGGCCGCGCGACUCGCCCGCUACAACAAGAAGCCGACCAUCACCUCCCGGGAGAUCCAGACGGCCGUACGUCUCGUCCUGCCCGGCGAGCUGGCCAAGCACGCUGUCUCCGAGGGCACCAAGGCCGUCACCAAAUUCACUAGCUCUUAGGUUUUUCAGUGGGGGGAGGAGAUCGGGAGUUUUCCUCCUUUGCGUGGUGGGAGGUGGAUUAGGGUUUCGAUGCGAGAUGUAAAGGCUAUGGUAGGUGGUAGUUUGGUUAGGGGUCGUCUCUGUGCAUUUUCUCUUUGGAUUUUGUGAAUUUUUUCUCUCCAGCGAAAUCAGAUAGAAUCUUCGUUGCAAUUGCCAAAGUUGGAAACUUGUCUUUGUUUUCACCUUGAA